AAUCCCAGGGAUUUUGUGCUCAUGACGUCACCGGAAAUUACAUAAAAGCAUUUCCGCAUCGUUUGGCCUUCCUUUCCUGUCUACGGCCUGCUAGAAGAUGGCGGUGCAGAUCUCCAAAAAGAGAAAAUUUGUGGCAGAUGGAAUUUUCAAGGCAGAGCUGAAUGAGUUCCUGACUCGUGAGCUCGCAGAAGAUGGAUACUCUGGUGUUGAGGUCCGCGGGACCCCCAACAAGACCGAGAUCAUCAUCCUAGCCACAAGGACCCAGAAUGUUCUGGGAGAGAAAGGCCGUCGCAUCAGAGAGCUGACCGCUGUGGUCCAGAAGAGGUUUGGCUUCCCUGAGGGCAACGUGGAGUUGUACGCUGAGAAGGUGGCCACUCGCGGACUGUGCGCCAUCGCCCAGGCUGAGUCUCUGCGCUACAAGCUGCUCGGAGGUUUGGCUGUGCGCAGGGCAUGUUACGGUGUUCUGAGGUUCAUCAUGGAGAGCGGUGCGAAGGGCUGCGAGGUGGUGGUGUCCGGCAAGCUGAGGGGCCAAAGGGCAAAGUCCAUGAAGUUUGUGGACGGUCUGAUGAUCCACAGCGGCGACCCCGUCAACUACUACGUCGACACGGCCGUCCGCCACGUUCUGCUCCGACAGGGUGUGCUGGGCAUCAAGGUGAAGAUCAUGCUGCCGUGGGACCCUAGCGGUAAGAUCGGACCCAAGAAGCCACUGCCCGACCACGUCAGCAUCGUGGAGCCCAAAGACGAGCCCCUCCCUACCACACCCAUCUCUGAGCAGAAGGGCGCCAAACCAGACGUGCCCGUUAUGCCCCAGGGGACACCAGUGCCCACCGCAUAAGAGGGCUUUCCCUUCACUCCCUGGAGGACAUCCCUGUUGUGUACAGAAACAAUAAAAUGGAGAAAAGAAA